GACCACCAUCUCAUUUGUUUUGUUGCUUACAUUUUUCAAAAGAUGGCCUGUCAGGGACUGGAGAAGGGAGAAACCGUGGCAACGCUGAAGAAAGAAACAGAGGCUCUGAAGGCGAAGCUCGAGGUGGAGAGAGCCAAACUCCACGAUGUUGAAUUGAAUCAGCUUGCUGAAAAGGUCGAAGCAGUGGGACAGCUCAACAUAAAAGCCAGAAGAGUCCUGAAGGGACACUCAAACAAAGUGUUGUGCAUAGAUUGGUGCACAGACAAACGGAGGAUGGUUAGCUCUUCGCAGGAUGGGAAGCUUAUUGUUUGGGAUGCGUACACAACCAACAAGGAGCAUGCAGCAACGAUGCCCUCCACCUGGGUGAUGGCUUGUGCCUACGCCCCCUCAGGUUGUGCAGUGGCUGCUGGUGGUUUGGACAACAAAUGCUCAGUAUACCCGCUAUCUCUGGAUAAGAAUGAAAACCUUGCAGCUAAAAGGAAGCAAGUAGCGAUGCACACCAACUAUGUUUCUCACUGCACCUUCACUAACUCGGACAUGCAGAUCUUGACCUCCAGUGGUGAUGGUACCUGUGCCCUGUGGGACGUGGAGAGUUCCCAGCUGCUGCAGAGCUUCCACAGCCACACAGCAGAUGUGCUCAGCCUGGACAUGGGCCCCUCGGAGACCAGCAACACUUUUGUGUCCGGGGGUUGUGACAAGACGGCCAAGCUGUGGGACAUGCGCUCAGGACAGAAUGUCCAGUCCUUUGAGACUCAUGAUUCAGAUGUCAAUUGUGUUAAAUUCUACCCCAGUGGAGACGCUUUUGCCACAGGGUCAGAUGAUGCCACAUGCCGCUUCUUUGAUUUGCGAGCUGAUCGUGAGGUGGCGGUCUUCUCCAAAGAUAGUGUCAUAUUUGGCGCAGCUACAGUGGACUUCUCUUUGAGUGGCCGCUUGCUGUUUGCGGGCUAUAACGACUACACCAUCAACAUCUGGGACGUGCUGAAAGGAGACAGAGUGUCUAUCCUUUUCGGACAUGAGAAUCGUGUCAGUAGAGUGCGUGUCUCUCCUGAUGGCACGUCCUUCUGCUCAGCGUCAUGGGACAACACACUGAGGGUGUGGGCCUAAAACAUCGUUCAAACUGAAGCUGACACACAAGAUGCGUUUAAUGGAAGAAGGUGGGGCCAUCUCCAUGGCCAUCACAGUCCACGUGUUGAAUGAUCUUCUGACCCUGUGACAUGUUUAGUGAAUGGGUCUGGGAUGGGGGGGCUUUUUAGAACACUGGCUUUCAGCUGUUACAUGCAGCACUGUUACUGUUGCACUGAAGGAUCUGUUUCAGCCUCUCUCCCUACCUCAGCUGUCAGGAUAUCAGUACAUCAUUAGAAGUUAAAGAAGUAGCCUACGCAGAAGGUAGUGUUGGUACUGUCAAUGGUUAAUACUAAUACGUUUCAUAUUAUAUGGUGUAGUUAUUUUCCAACAUGAAUAGGUAGGCUAUUACAUUUUCCAUAUGGAGAGGCAGUAAAAAGACUGUAACUUGUGCCAUGUAUACGAAGGCUUUGACCGUCUAUGUCAUGUAUUAGUAUUGAACACACCACCUAUUAUCCUUUCCAAAAAUGUAGACUACAACAUAAAGAGUUCAGAACCUCUAAAUCGGUCAAACCACUUUCCUUUUAAUGAGCAUUUUUUAACAAGCUCCGGUAGAUUUCUGCCUAUAAAUCUAUAUUUCAGACCAGGAAGGGAGUGGUAUUUAGUGGGUUUUGAAGUGAAAUUAUUUGAUGAAGGUAGCCCACAGUAUACUAUGUGUGGAGAGCACUCACCAUUGUUAUCUCAUUUUUGACAGAGGUGGCUUUUAGAGGGUUUUGCAUCUGAACUUUUCAUACAUUUGCCAAUUGUAAAAACAAAGCAGUAAAGCUAGGCCUACUUUGCAAGACAGUAGGCCUAGUUCUCAGGAUGUUCUCAAAUUAAAGGCACAACUGUUAUUUAAUAAGGUGUGUAUGGGCAAGUUAAAGCACUUGCAGUGUUGGUUAUAGGCUAUGAGUUAAAUUGCAACUGUCAGUAUUUCAAGUAACUUCUCUUAUCUACUGUAAU